AUGGAUAAUUUGGGGAACAAUCGCCAGUCAGUUCGGCUGCUGGACGCGGUCGAACACCUGGAAGCCGUUGCAUUUGUGCCCGUCAAGCAAAGAUACACAGAUGCCAGCGACCUAGCCAAAAUAAUUGCCUCGGACGCGUACGAGAAUGGCAUUCCGCCGAACGAGCUGGCCCGUCUGUUGAAGAUCCUCACGACGAAAAACAGUCUGGACCAAGGCACGGUCACCACCCUGGUCAAGAAUCUAUAUCCGCAAGAGAAGAUAGCGUCCAAGCUGGUCACGCAGGUGGUUUGUUGCCUGGGGCCGAGCAAGAAUAAGCCCAGCGCCGCGACGCAGGCGCUGUCGCUGCGCUGGCUGAUUCUGGUGUAUGACCUGCUCGAAGACAGAGCGCAUCUUGCCAAGCUAUAUGCAGUGCUCUUCAAUUAUCUCGACAUGAUCAGUCUACGGAAGCCGCUGUGUCAUCUGCUAUCGUUGAUCACGCGGCGGAAACACGUCAAGCCGUUUCGCAUCCAGGCUUUGAUGGAGCUGCUUCGGGCAGGAGGGAGCGAGGAAAAAGAGCUCGUUAGUCUGCUCAGGAUCUUCAAGAACUACUAUCCCGAGAUCAUUGUCGGGGAUCUGGGAUUGACCAGGAGAAUGGGGUUGAUUUUCAAGCACCCGGACCCGGAGUGGUCGAGCCACGCGAAGAUCCUUCAUGAUCAGAAUGCAGAACGAGCGGCACAGGCUGGUAAUGACCGGCUGUUUCAGGUGGUUCACCGAGGCACAGUGAAGAGGAGCAAGAUCGAAGUGGUGAUCCCGAGCUUGCAGACGUCUCGCGUGCCGCCGAAACAUACCUCGCUGGAAGAGAUCCGUGAUAUCGGUCACUUCGUCGAGAAAAUUGACAGGAUCGAGCUUCCAAAUCAGAUCAUUUCGACGCUUGGUGAUGCUAUUGCUCAAAAGUAUUUGUUCCUGGUUCAGCCGGAGGCAGCACAUCGUCGCUUGGAUGAGUGGUUGAGAAGCUUUUUGGAGGAUAAGCUGGAACAGCUUCGGGAGAAUGUGGAUGACGAGCCUGAGACAUUAUCUUAUGUUCUGGAUUCUGUUGUGGGAUAUGCUUCGUACACGAAGGAACUCCCGGUCUCGGUCCGUUCUUUUUUGAAGUCAUAUAUCACGAUUUGGAACGGCAAAGAUAAUCGUGAAGAUAUCCUUCGACUCCUUGAGUAUCUCCCCGUGGAGUCCUUCGACUCCUUGCAAGAGGAAUUACUGUCACCUACGGAGGCCGCCGUGCUGGAUGGCACACUUGUGUCCAGAACGGCCUUGCUGGACUUUUAUUCCGCGCUGAUCAGUCAAUGGGGCGUCAAACUGCAGCGGCAGCCCUCGGUCUCCGAAGAGUCAGUCCCUCUGAGCCGUGCGAUUGCGCACGCAGGACUGCUGGCCUCAACCAUGCUCGAGUUUCUACCUGCUGUGGCCGACGAAAACCAGACCAAGCCCGGGACACUCUCUGUGCUUCAAUUCUACAAAGUCCUAACACACCUGUUCUCGUACGCCUCGCAGAACGCGCAUAUCCGACUCACGAUCCCCCUCGCACCGACUGUCUACACCCUCGCUUUCACCUCAUCCGCCUGCCUUCUCUCCAUGCUCAAUUCCAUACUAGCAGGCUACAAAUCCGCAUUUGAGACUUCCCUGAGCUCCAAAGUCCUCCAAUUACCCCACCCCCCAGACCCACUGUAUCCCAAUGAGCUGGUCGGCCAGUUCAACGGCUACGUGAUGGACAUGUGCAAUCUGGUCUGGCGCAAUCGCGCCCUGAACCGAGACGAUCCCAAUGCGCUUGGUUGUCUGAUACCCGCAGAAACAAUUACUGCGCUCACAGAGUACCUCCGAGGAUCCAACGAAGCAUCUAGACGAUACGACCGAGAAAGCGCGUUUCAGUCUACCGUCACAUCCAUCUUCUCAAUCAGCUACCACGCCGCGCUGUGCAAUUUCUCCGCGGCAUGUUUUGCUGAUAUCGAAAAUGACCAAAAUAUCGGGGAGGAUCGCCCCCGACUGCGGAAACCGGUUACCCAGAAGUUCUUGCAGGCGCUUGAGAAGGACGGCGGGGCGAAGGUCACUUGGCAAGAUUAUCGGGUGCAGAUGCUUGACUGGCUGGAGGCCGUUGGAUGUCGGGGCACGAGUGAGUUGAUGAGGAGCACGAUGAAGGCGCUACGGAAGGAGUAA